CGUUGCUGCAGAGGUCAGCACAUCACCGCCCUAAUAAACUGGCAAGUGAACGGACACUCGAUCAUCAAAGCAAUGCAAACGCUCAACCUCGGAGCACCCGGGAAUCACCGAGUAACGUCAUCGGCCGCGCCCACCGGGAUCCUCGCGCUGCACUGGCUCCGCUGUGUGCGUCAGACAUGACGUAAUCCGCCGGAUUACGUGCGCUAUGACGCCGCGCGGCGCCAGGUAAAGAUGGCGGCAGGGAAGCUGCCGGCCCGGGUGCUGGAGCUGUUGCUGUCUUACGUAGACCUGCCCGACCUGCUGAGCUGCGGCCUGGUGUGCCGUCACUGGCACCAGUGCCUGCAGGCGGACGAGAACAGUGAGGUGUGGCGGAGCGUGUGCUGCCGCUUAUUAAGUGAGGAGGCUCUGAGCUCCGACAUCCUGUGUAACGUGAGCAGCUACAAGGCCAAGGCCCGGGCCCUGCGCCACGCCUGGAGUGCCGCCGACUGCUCCCGCAACGUCUACAUCAAGCGCAACGGCUUCACGCUGCACCGCAACCCCAUCGCGCAGAGCACGGACGGCGCCCGCGCCCAUAUCGGCUUCAGCGAAGGCCGCCAUGUCUGGGAGAUCUGGUGGGAGGGCCCGCUGGGCACCGUGGCUGUCAUUGGCGUGGCUACUAAACGCGCCCCCCUCCAGUGCCAGGGCUACGUGGCCCUGCUGGGUGGCGAUGACCAGAGCUGGGGCUGGAACCUGGUGGAUAACAAUCUCCUGCACGGCGGAGAGUCGGCCGGCAACUUCCCGCAAUGCAAUAACGCGCCCAAGUACCAGAAUACACAUAGAUUAAGAUGUAGCUGUCCUGUGCUGGCACCAGUGGGAUCAGCAGUUGGUCUGCCACCUGUCUUCAAGAGAGAAAGAGAUAAGGAAAACAAUGGAGCAGCAUUUGGAGAUGUUAAUGAAGGGGAAGGAGAGCUGUCAAGAUCGGCUCCCCCUUUGAACCCUGAACUGUUUGAAGUGAUGGACAGGCGAUACCCCAGCAGGGGGAUAAAAAGGGACAGGUUCGCUAAGGCAAGACGCACACGACACCCGAGGUAACGAGACCCUGGAAGCGGUGCGUCUCUCACAAGUCGGUGGGAAGUUUUGGAAGGCUGGUCGCGGGACCAAGCCAUGGACGCACAGGGUGGAAAGGCACGAUCGGCGGGAACCUGGUGUGUGUCCGCCCUUGCCUGGGUGCCAGGUUCACCACAGAGAAACGAUCGUAUCUGGAAAUGGAGGGGUCACGGUCGGUGACCUCAGAUGACAUCACAAAGGACUCGCCCGAAAGCUGACUGCGAAGGUCUGUGUGGAAGCCGUUUUGAAUAUUCAUUCGUUUUGCUCUCUCUCUCCUUCCCCCACUGUCCAUCGCCACGGCAGUGAUUACUGCGAACUGAACUAAAUUGAACUGAACUUUGCGUCACUUUGAAACUGGUCAUUUACCCCUAGACAACGAUAGAGCUUGAUUGAUCCUGUUAUCUGAAUUCUGUGUACAUGUGUGUUUAUCAUUGCUGAACUGUUGCAUUCAUUAUCCUUUUGAUUAGAGUACUGUGUUGCUUGUUUCUUUAAUAAAACUUUCUUAGUUUUAGUAAUCCAGACUCCAACUGAAUGAUCCAUUUCUGCUGGUUUGGCAACCCAGUUACGGGGUACGUAACACAUAGGAUUGAAUGAUUUAUCAAGGGCUAACUUUUCGCAAGGUAUUUAUUUGCAGAACUGCCUUUAACUUGCAGUUUAGAUGCUAAUUACUGCUUAAUUGGUUUACUGAUGUCACAUGUAGUGAAAUACAGUGGAAAGACUUUGUGUGACAUCCAGUCAGAUCUUUUCAAACACAACCUCAUUGUGGAAGUACAAAGGGUAAAAUGUUACAGUUGCAGAGCAGUUGGACAAAUCAGGUGCAAAGACCCACAGUGAGGUACCUUUAGCGAUCAGGAGUUCAUCUUUACCAUAUGAGAUCUAUUCUAGACUCUUAUAACAGAGAGAAGAAGUUGUACUUGAGUCUGGUUGGGCAUGAUUCCAAGCUUUUGUAUCUUUAGUUUGGUGGAAGGAGAGAACACAAUACAGAUUGUUAACAUGCUAGGAGAUGUUAGAUAUAAAUAGAAAAAGGAGCAGCUUGAAUGACCUCUAAGUUUUAAUAUGACCUUUAACAUUGUAAAUAGUCCUGCAUCCUUUUCUCCAUUGUUCUUUUGAAGCAAUCCACACAAAAUGCUGGAGGAAUUCAGCAGGCCAGGCAAUGGAAAAGAGUAAACAGUCAACGUUUUGGGCUGGGACCCUUCACUAGGUCUGGAAAGGAAGGGGGAAGGAGUUAGACUAAGAAGGUGUAGGAGGGGAGGAAGAAGUAUAAGGUGGUAGGUGAUAGAUGAAACCAGAAGAUGGGGGAUGAAGUAGAGCUGUGAAGUUGAUUGGUGAAAGAAAUAGAGGGCUGGGAGGAGGAAUCUGAUAGGGGAGGUCGGAAGACCAUGGCACCAGAGAGAGAGAGAAGAGAAGCUGUGAGAGAGAAGUCUCCCUGUGACUGUGUGGGUUUUCUCCCACUGACAGAAGAUGUACCGGUUGGUAAAUUGUCCUGUAAUUAGGCUAGGGAUAAAUUGGGGGUUGCUGGGCAGUGUCCGAAGGGUCUGUCCCAAUCUGUGUCUCAAUGAAUAAUAAAUAAUAAAUAGUUCUGGAAUUUCCAGCCAAAGAAGAUGGUCUCUAGGAUCCAACUUGUCUCAGCGUGCGAGAGAGAGAGCAUUGACAAGUGCAGUGUGAAGGUUCAUUUCUUAUCAAAGAACGUGUGGAUAUACAAUGGUGAGAUUCACCUUCUCCAGACAGCCACGAAACAAAGAAAGAACAUGAAAGUCAUUCAGAGAGAAACAUCAAACCCACCCUCUUGCACAAAACAGAACGGCAUCCUGAUCGUGAACCCCAAACCCCCUCGCUCAGAACAGGAGCAUGGAUCCCACGACCCUCUCCCUUGCUGCACAAAAUGCAACAAGGACAUCAACCAACAAAAAAACUAACAGCAUGCCACAGGAACACAAUCCCCAAAACCCCUCCCUUCGCACAACAAAACAGAAAAGGACUGGGCAAAAAACACAGAAUAUACAAACCACAAGUCUGAAAGUCCACAGUCCAUAAACGCAGAAGCACAGUAACAUCUUCCGACAUCAUCGAGAAAGAGAGACAGCACACAAACGCAGAGGCCUACCUCUCUGUGUUCCUUUGGAAUGUCUUUCUCACAGCAGUACUGAUAACAGCCACAUCUAAUGGUUCACAGCAGUGAGGCAUUUCCCACCCAGCUUUGUCAUCAGUAAUUGGUUGCAUUCUGAUCCUUGUAAUAUAAAAUUGUCAUGGGUUAUGAACCUGAAACAUAAUUUAUUCUAUGUUUGUACCUUUUAACUGUUCCUCUAUCUGACCCAAUAUAUUGUCCAUCUUUAGCUCUAUUUGUCACACGUACAUGGAAACAUGCAGUGAAAUGUGUCAUUUGCAUCAAGUCAGUGAGGAUUGUACUGGGCAGUCUACAGGUAUCGGCGCACUUCCAGCGUCCACGUAGCAUGCCUGUAACUCACUAGCUCUAACCCUAAGCCUAUGGACUGUGAGAGGAAACCCAAGCCCCCACGUGGUCAUGGAGACAAACCCCCUAAGGCAGCAGUGGCAAUCAAACCCCAAUCUGGGGAAGCUGGCACUGUUAAUUGAUGCACUAACUGUAACAUUACUGUGCUGCUGUAUUGAGUGUAAAAGAAAAAUAAACCUCUAUGAAGUGCCAUUUGAAAAUUGAUUUUUUAAAUUCUCCUGCCAUUGCCAUUUCUACCCUUACAAAUUCGCCUUUCAUAAAACUAGAUUAACUGGAGGCUAAUCUUUUUCUAGAUGACUUGUACCUAUGUCCUUAAUGGAUUCUUUCCAACAACUGUUUGUCACCCUCUUCCCCCCCAUCCACCCCAAACAAUUGCAUUACAUUGGCUAUUUCCUAGUUUUCUGUUGUCCCAGAAAUGAAAUAAUAUUGAAAGACUAUAUAACACAUUAAAUUUCUUUGUUGUGUAUCUAGCUCUGUGAUGCAGGCUUUCAGGUAUAAUGGAUUUAUUGGCUUAAUCCCCAUUUCCCCAAAUUGUUGCAUCCAGUUUUAAAGCUGGUGCUUUACUUAUUAAAUUCCCCAUUUUCAUUAGACCCUUAACUUUAUUACCAUCUCUGUGUGCUGGAGUGAAAAUGAAUGUAAGAAAUAGGCCAUAUAGCCUUUUCAGCGUAAUUUGGUCUUCAGUAGUAUAGCUGAUCUUGUGUCUUUGGUUGGUUUUGCCUACCACCCUCCACUUUCUAUGACUGAUUUGAUGUCAAACAAGCUAUCAAUUUCACUAGAGUGAGGGGCAAGAGGAACUUGGAGGGAAAAAACUAAUUGUCAUGAUCCACAUAUGCACCAAUGGUAUAGGGAGGAUGAAGAGCAAGUACUUUAUUGCCUUAGUGAGCAACAAUACUGAAGAGUCUAGACGGUUAAAUUAAACACCUCUAGGUAAACAGAGCAUGGGUUGGAGAUCAAAAUUCCCUUUAUAAGGUCCUAUCAAGUAGUAAUGGGAUGCAGUUAAACUCUUUCUGUAAUGGUUCACUAAGCAUGAUCCAUGAAGUAUGAAUGUAGUAUUUCAUCUGUCAUCCCUGACACCAGCUACUGAAGUAUACCUGUUCAUACUGCAGAAUCUUUAUACAUGGAAGCAUUGACUGCUCCAUAUAAGGAAUAAGAUUGACUUUCUACAAAGCCUGAGCCUAAUUCCAAGCUGAAAAGUUCACAAUUGGCAAGUUGGCCAAAUUCUAGAUCAGUGGAAUUUCCUUUUGAUUUCUAAAACUUUAUAAUCAUUACUGAAGCUCAUUGUUUAUUCAGCCUUCUCCAUGACCAGAUGUUCACUGUGAAUUUAGUUAAUGUGCUGCAGUUCCAGUUGAUGUGAUGAUCUGACCUUUCUCGAAAGGUGCUUCACUAAUGUUAUGUAACUAGGGGUGUGGCCCAGUUGUUUUACAUAGGGCAAAGGCAGAUACCAACUUUUAUCUGCAUCACAAGGCAACUGAUGCCACAGAGUCACUGGGACUUACAGUGCACAAACCUGGACCUAAUUAAGGGGGAAGAAAAUUUUCUAACAAAAGAGAUAACAAUAGAUCCAAAACAAAGUUGCAUAAUAUUGUCAUUAUAUUGGGGAUUAAGAACAGUUUAUAUUUCAGCAGAAGAUGCUAAAAAGAUUGCUUGAGAUCAAAAAUAAAAUUAAAGUUCCAGUGGAUAUAAAGUCAACUGUACAAGUUUAUACAAAUGUGGAAAGAAAGAUUAGUGAAGCCAAAUGUAGUCAGAAAAGGGAGAAAAUAGGUUAAUCUAAUAUCAUUUGCAGAGAAAAUACUGGAGGCUAUUGUACAAGAAGAAAUGAUAAGAGUUGGGAAUACAUCACUGGGAUUAGGUAAUGUCAAUGUGAAUUUCUGGAAGGGAAAUAAUUCUGAUAAACCAGAAUUUUUGAGGGUGUUGCCAGUUAAAUAAUUAAAGGGUAGCCUGUGGGUGUGAUGUACUUGGAUUUUCAUCAAAUAUCUAAUAUCUCCUCUCAAUAAAUUCUGUAAAUUGCAGCACUUGAUACUGGCGGUAUGGAAUGAGAGUUGGUUAGAAAGCUGGAAAAAGUCGGUCUCUUUCAUGGUGAUAGGUGGUAAUUAAUGGGGCAUUGCAGGGACCAGUAUGUAUAUCCUGUACUGAAUAAUUUGAAGUUUGCUAACAACAGUAAACUGGGUGGGUUAUGAAUUGUGAGAAGAAUGCAAAAAGGCAUCAAGUUGACUUUAGAUACUUGACAUAUGUAGUGCAAUGUGGUAAAUGUGAGGUUGUCAGUUUCGAUAGAAAUAACAAGAUAGUGUGUCAUUGAAUGUUGUUAAAUUUGGAAAUGCUGAUGAGAUUUGUACACCAGUUACAGAAUGCAAAUAUACAGUGCAGCAAACAAUAUGGUAAAUGGUAUGUGGGCAGUUUAGUCUCCUCACUCAAGAAAGGAUAUACUUACCAAACAGGAAGUACAGAGAGAAUUCAUUGGGUAAUAGUGUAUAUAACAGAUUUAUAUUUCCUAGAGUUUAAAAGAGAAGGGAUCUAAUUGAAACUUGCCAAAUUCUGGCAGGGGCUAGGGUACUGGGGAGUGCUUCCCUGAGCCUUGGUUUGUCCAUAUAGACUGUGGUAAGAAUUGCUUCACUGUGGUUGGUGACCCUGUGGAAUGUGUAAUGGUAGAGAGUUGUACUCUCUAAGUUGUUGAAGGUUUUCAACAUGCUGGUUACAUUUCUAGUUGCAAAUGACAGGAAGGGGAGAUCACAGGGAUAUGAGGAUUAGCCAUGAUUGUAUUGAGUAACAGGGCUGACUCACAGGAGAAAAGACCUGCUUCUUUCUCCAUUUCAACAGCAUGAGACCUAGGAAUAGAAUUAGGCCGUUCAACCCAUCGUGGCUGCUCAGUUUUUAUCCUGCUGAACCCCAGUCAGAUUCAGGUGGAUUAUCACCGGCAUAUGCCAUGAAAUGUGUUGUAUUUGCAGCAGGAGUACAAUGCAGCACAUAAUAAUAAAAACUGAAUUACAGUAAGUAUCCAUAUAUAGUGUUCGUUCAUUGUCGAUGUUGAUGAGGACCUCGACACCAUUAUGAUGGUGUCGAGACUAGCACAUGAUUUGGAUUUAAGUGAGGGAGAGUUGCGCAGUGUCAGCCUCACUCUCUCUUCCCAAUUCCCAUCUGGAUCCAGUGGCAAGACAGAGUCUAGACGACUGGAGAUGGGACUAGGCGCAGUGGAUGACCAGGACGUCUUCUGUGUCUUGUCCUGCUCUACGCGUUCCACGACGCUUGCAGAGACCGCCUUCUUGACCGUUGGGUCUUCCAUUUGGUCUCGUCCGUUCAAUCCACCGGAGUCUGUCUUCACAUGCUGGGAUAGACAACUCCCUAUCUCACCGAGGGUUUGAGACCCGUCGGCUACCCUCACCUGGUUUAGCCGGCUUGUCGAAGCUGUUGCUCGGGGUGUGGCCGCUGUCACAUGCAAACAGCCACGGGGAGCCACAGGUGAGAGCUGAGUGCCAGGUGGGGACCAAAGGUGGACUAACCGCCCUGAAAAGGACGUGACAUGUUCCCCCACCAGAGGUGUUACCCCUCCCUGACACCCCAUACGCACCAAUAUCCAUAUAUACUACAUAGUUAAAUAGGUGCAAAAAUAAAAGAUAGUGAGGUAGUGUUCAUGGGUGCAAUGUCCUGGAUCACUGGCUUUUCCGUGGUGGUAACAAUGAGAACAGUGCAUGACCUGGGAGAUGGGGGUCCUCAGUAAUUGAUACCACCACCUUUCUCCUGUUUCCCCCUGAACCUUUGAUGCCCUGACUAAUCAAGAACCUAUCAACUUCUGUUUUAAAUAUACCCAAAGAAUUUGCCUCCACAACUGUCUGAGGCAAUGAAUUCCAGUAAGUAAAAUAAUGACCAGGGAUGUACAGAACUCCUUAAAAACAAACUUUAACUAAGAAGAGUUUCUUCGCAUUUCAGACCUAAAUAGUGAGUGCUUCAUCCUGAGAUUAUGCCCCUACUCCUGGACUCUGCAGCUCCAGGACACAAACAUCACGGGAUGUAGGUCAAUCUUUUUCAGUUCCUCUCAUUGUAGGAAUUAGUGAACAAUUAAAACAAAAGGGAAAUGCAGGUGCUAGAAAUCUGGAAUAAAAACUGAAAUUCCUGGAAACAGCACAUUGGGCAGCAUCUUUGGAGAGAGAAAUAGUUAUUGAUUCAAACUGAAACAAUAACUGAACUCUUUCUCUCUCUACAGAUGCUGCCUGACCUGUGUUUCUAGCAUUUUUUAAAAUUAGUGAAUCUACUUGGGACUGAGUACAAGGUAAGUAUAUCCUCCUGUAGGCAUAGAGACCCAACUGCACUGCAGAUAGCAUCUCUCCAAAGCCCUGUACAAUCUCAGCAAGCAGUGAAGUCCAGCAUAUUAUUUGUAUCUCUAAUUCCUUGCUAACUCUGUUUGUAUACUUUCUAAUUAACCAGUGCAGUAAAAUGGUCGAAUGGAUGUAUCUACUUGUUUGUCAACUUUCAGAGAAGCUUGCCUUGUAAUUUUUCCCUUAUUUUGCUCCAUCUGCUGCAAGUACAGACAAUCCCAAACUAUCCAUCUCAUUAAUUUACCACCAAAUUUUAUAUUUUGGCAAAAGUGGGCAUAGAUACGCACUUAAGUGCUUUAGUCACUUAUUCCCUGAUGUUACUUUUUACUGCCUUAGUCUCUUCAUUUAUACAAUUGAAGUUCUGUCAAAAUUUUAAUAUCUUAGAAGGUCCUGUGGUCUUAAAUGUGAAAAAAAUUGUGGUUAAACUAGAAACUUGCACUUCUAGCCAUCAUCUGGGGAGGAGUGGAUGAGGAUAGGGUGUUUGUGUCUACAUAAGCAGAGGUGGAUUUGAUGAAACUUAUUUAGGAUGUUAACUACUUUGAUUUGACUUCGUAAAUGAAGAAUUUUAAUUGUAUUACUAGUAUACUGUUUAAAACUUUUAGUUUUUCUUUGCCUGAGGUAUGGGAGGGCCAAGUUUAUUAAUACAGUUUAAUUAUAAAUAUCCAGUGGUGAGGCAGUUUUUUUCUUUUCAAUAUUUUUAUUAAUUACUUGCAUAGACUAAUACAAAAUACAUUAUGAUUUAUGGAAACAGAAACAAGGUUGAGAUGCCCCAUAUCUAUGUAUAGUAAAUCAACCAUAAUAUUGAAAAGGUAUAUUUUAUUCUAAUCUAAAGCAAAAUCAAAACCCCAUGACAAAAAAAGAAAAAAAAAACAGCUGUUUGGUUAAAAGAAAAGAAAAAAAAUGUCUUGGACAUGUAGUUGUAAAUUCAGACAUAUAUUAGCCAUCAUCAUUGCUGAACAAGGCGAAAAUUCUGAAAGUAGUUCCAAAAAGGUACCCAUAAUGUGAAAAAACCUUGUCCAGGUAUAGAAAUAGAACACCUAAUCUUCUAUAGAUUUAAACAUGACAUAACAUCAAUCAGCCAAUGGGCACCAGUAGGCGGAGUGGCAUCUUUCCAUUUAAGCAACAAAACUCUUCUGGCUAAAAGAGAAAUAAAAACCAAAAUAUGCAAAUCAUUUGGCUCAAGAGUAAAAUCAUUUCCUCCAACAAUGGCAAACAAGGCAGUUAGAGGGUUGGGUUUAAAGUUUACUUUAAAAAGCUCUGAGAAAGUUUUUUUAAGUUACUAAUUUUUUAUUACAACACCAACAAAUUACAUUCAAUACAACCAAUUGCCAAUUACAUUUUGACUGUUUAACCUAGCCACCCCCCAACCUUCAUCACCAUUCCCCCUUCCUCUCCCUUCCACCAACCAACUGAAUAGUAGUGCAUACACAGACAAAACAUUCCUAUUUUAACAAAAGAUCUUUUAAGUUAGAUAUCAAAUUUGUCCACAUUAAGAUUGUUUGGUCAUGCAUCAUUUGCUCUUGCUGAUGAAAGUUCCAGGUAAGAAAUGUCCAAAAAGCUCCGAAGCCAGUGAACCAGUCCCAUUUGAUGUCUAAUUCUCGGUGUUAAAUAUGCUCUAUGACAAGAUUUCAAGUGUAUAUAUCGAUGAUUUGGGUUUUUCAAAGCACCGGCAGCAUUAUCCCAAAUCGCAUCCCAGUCUAAGUCUUGUCCCAAUUCAGAUAUGUCCUUAUCUCAGGCUUUCAUCCCUGAUGUGGGCAUAUAUUUCUGGGAGUUUAAUUUAUCAUAGAUAUAUGACACUGGACGGUAAUUGGCACACUCCAAGGGGUUUAGAUCUCUAUGGAAAGCGCCAUUUCCGAAAGCAUAAUUUAAUGUUUCUAACCAUACUGGUCCAAGAAUAUCCCAAAGUGCUAGGUAAAGUUCCACAGGUAUGCCAUCUAUACCUGGCGUACGGCCCUUAUUUGUAGCUUUGACUGCUUUAAGUAGCUCAUCCAGUGUAAUAGAGUGUAGAGUUUUGGUGUCCUCUAACGACAACGUGGGGAGGUCUAGUCCUCUUUUUAAAAAAAAAUUGUGGAGUCAUUCUCAGAAGGAACUGAGCCACUUGUAUACAGUUCUUUAAAGUAAUUCUUGAAUGUCUCGUUUAUUUCCUCUGUUGAAGAUACUAUUGCACUUUUAGCACAUCUAAUCGCUGGUUUAGACCUUUUAGCUUCCUGUUGUUUGAGCGUUAGUGCUGAAAGAUAAAAAGCUCCGAGGAAGUUUGAAAUACUUCUUUCCAAAAUUUAUCAAGCCGCGGGCAGGACCAAAACAGGGGCCUCUUCGACAUUGCACCUAUUACAGUAUGGAGAAAAAUCUGAAGUUUUACUGCUGUUUGGUUUCAUCACUUCCAACAGAGAUCCUGCUUAGUUAUAUUGAAGGGAGAGAAGUCAAACCAAGAGAUUUGUAAGAUGAGAGCAGGAAAAACAAGAUACUUUUGUUUAAUUUGACACUUCUAUAUUUUACUACAAACUUCUCAGCUUGAAUACCUGAUCUUUUAAAGGAGGUACUUGACAUUUCAAAAUCCAAGUAAAACUAUUGCAAUAUGAUACCACCGUUUUUCUGAGCUGGAGGUGGAAUAAACUCACCAGAUUUUUAUUAAUUCACUGACCCUGCUGAGUUUGAGGUACAGCACCAGGGGUUGGUUUUAACGUUAGAGUCUUAUGGAAGUACUAGAUUAGCUACAGAAUGGAUUUACUUGGAUUAUGUCAGAAGUAAGAAGCUAUAACUGGCAGUAAGGUCUGAAGAAGCUAGACUCCGAAUAGAUGACUGGAAGUUUUCUGCAAGGAUUGAUGAGAUGUAGAGGGGCCAGGUCUAUGUGGGAAUAAACAAAAAGAGCUACCAAAUAAAUCUACCAGGAAAUGUUGAAGGAAUCCCUUUGCUAGAGAGUGGACCUCACCACCAAAGAAAGUAGCGCAGCAAGUUAGAUUAGCACGUGAAGGAACCUAGUCUCGCUGCUUCACCAGCCCGUUUGUGUUCUGUCCUAUCAUUACUCUGAUGAAGUAUGUAAAAGGGUUAACACUUCGUUAAACAAUAGCAGCCUGUUUUUCUGAAAGAAACCGCUGAUGAUCAACAGAUGUGCUAAGCCAUGCUGAACCAUAUUUCUUCUUGAAGGUAGCUAGCUAGGGUUUCAGGAUGCUUAUCUCCUUGUGCACUCAUGUGUAGAGAUAGGACCAUUCUAGCCUGUUUCUGUAUGUUCUGACCAUUAUGCCUAUUUUGUAAUUUGUCUUUCGGGGCUGUCAUGUAGUGGAUAACUUUGACUCCAGCCUAUCUUGUGUGGGAGGUACCUGAAGAAGUAUAUCUGUGUUGUAGGGGGAAUUGUUAGUUUGGUGGAUCGGGCAGGAACAGUCACAGAAACAGACUGUUCCUGUUUGAACGACUAACUGAGUAAGCCCCCGGGUGCUUCGAAUAAAGAGUUUGUACUUGGUACGGUCUCUGAGUAACUUUAUCCAGAUUCGACUUCCACAACUCAUUAUGGACUCUCAAUUAGAAAUGAAUUUUCAAUAUAUUUUGGUAAGUUCUGUGCUAUUAAAACUCUUUACUGUCUUUUUUUCC